CGUAGUAAUCAGCCAGCGAGUGCACGAAUUGCUCGGCCUGCCAAUCCGAUUAGGGUAUCGAUCUCCACGGUGCUCUGCACCUCACACCUCACGGUUUGGCGACUUUGUUUGCUGAGCGCACUUGCACUGCCCUUUUCUGGAGCGCGCACUUCCCGACUUUCUCUCUGCUCCAGUCUGCUCCGCUCCCCGCCUGUCGAGCCAGCUUUCCUUCUACCGCGCAAGGUCUCCAGGUCGUAGCAAUGGCUGACGCUGAGGUUCAUCCUGCCGCCGAUGUCAAUCCUGUUGUUGCCCCUUCGCCUGCUGCCCCUGCUGCCGUGGAAAUGGAAGCUGAUACGGAGACCUUCGCCUUCCAGGCGGAGAUCAAUCAACUGCUGAGUCUUAUCAUUAACACCUUCUACAGCAACAAGGAGAUUUUCCUGCGCGAGCUCAUCAGCAAUGCUUCCGAUGCCUUGGACAAGAUCCGUUUUGAGGGUUUGACUGACAAGAGCAAGAUGGAGGCACAGCCUGAGCUGUUCAUCCAUAUCAUUCCAGACAAAGCGAGCAAGACUCUGUCGAUCAUCGACAGUGGAAUUGGUAUGACGAAGGCCGAUCUUGUCAACAACCUCGGCACCAUUGCGCGGUCGGGCACGAAGGAGUUCAUGGAGGCGCUGACUGCGGGUGCGGACAUCAGCAUGAUUGGGCAGUUCGGUGUUGGUUUCUACUCCGCAUACUUGGUUGCUGAGCGUGUCGUUGUGGAAACGAAACACAAUGAUGACGAGCACUACGUGUGGGAAUCGCAAGCGGGAGGGUCGUUCACCGUUAGACGCGUUGAUGCCACGGGUGCAGAUGAUCUGAAGCGAGGAACGAAGAUGACUCUGUACCUGAAGGAGGAUCAGACCGAGUAUCUGGAGGAGCGUCGACUGAAGGAUCUGAUAAAAAAGCACUCGGAGUUCAUCAGCUAUCCCAUCUCUCUGUGGACCGAGAAGACGACGGAGAAGGAAGUGUCGGAUGAUGAAGACGAGGACGCGAAGGACGACGAGGAGGGAAAGGUAGAGGACGUGGACGAGAGCAAGGAGAAGACCAAGAAGAAGAAGAAGGUCAAGGAGGUCUCGCACGAGUGGAAGUUGGUGAACAAGCAGAAGCCAAUUUGGAUGCGCAAUCCCGAGGAGAUCGCCAAGGAAGAGUACGCCGCUUUCUACAAGAGCUUGACGAACGACUGGGAGGAGCAUUUGGCAGUGAAGCACUUUUCGGUCGAGGGUCAGCUGGAGUUCAAGUCGGUGUUGUUUGUCCCGAAGCGAGCUCCUUUCGAUUUGUUCGACGGGAAGAGGAAGCUCAACAACAUCAAGCUCUAUGUCAGGAGGGUGUUUAUCAUGGACAACUGCGAGGAGCUCAUUCCCGAGUACCUGAGCUUUGUGAAGGGUGUGGUCGACUCUGAGGAUCUGCCUCUGAACAUCUCUCGCGAGAUGCUUCAGCAGAACAAGAUUCUCAAGGUCAUCCGCAAGAACCUGGUCAAGAAAUGUAUCGAGAUGUUCACGGAGGUUUCCGAGAACAAGGAGGACUACGCCAAGUUCUACGAGGCGUUCUCCAAGAACUUGAAGCUGGGUAUUCACGAGGACAGUGCAAAUCGCGCCAAGUUGUCCGAGCUUCUGAGGUAUCACUCCACCAAGUCGGGCGACGAUAUGACGAGUUUGAAGGACUACGUAACCCGCAUGAAGGAUGGCCAGAAGGACAUUUACUACAUCACUGGCGAGAGCAAGAAGGCGGUGGAGAACUCGCCGUUCCUUGAGAAGCUGAAGAGGAGGGGUUAUGAAGUGUUGUUCAUGGUGGACCCCAUCGAUGAGUACGCUGUUGGACAGCUCAAGGAGUACGACGGGAAGAAGCUCGUCUCUGCGACUAAGGAGGGUCUGAAGCUUGACGACACCGAGGAGGAUAAGAAGAAGAAAGAGGAGAUCAAAAAGGAGUUUGAAAGCCUGUGCAAGUUGAUGAAGGAGAUCCUCGGUGAUAAGGUUGAGAAGGUCGUCGUCUCGGACCGUAUUGUGGACUCGCCAUGCUGUCUUGUGACAGGUGAGUACGGCUGGACUGCGAACAUGGAACGUAUCAUGAGGGCGCAGGCUCUGCGUGACAGCAGUAUGUCCAGCUACAUGACUAGCAAGAAGACCAUGGAGGUGAACCCAGAGAAUGCGAUAAUGAAGGAGUUGAAGAAGAGGGCGGAUGCUGAUAGAAGCGACAAGACUGUUAAGGAUCUGGUGAUGUUGUUGUUCGAGACGGCGCUUCUGACUUCGGGUUUCAGCCUUGACGAUCCCAACAUGUUUGCCAGCAGAAUUCACAGAAUGAUUAAGCUUGGCUUGAGCAUCGACGAGGAUGCCGCUGGCGAGGACGAGGACAUGCCACCUCUGGAGGAUGAAGCCGCCGCCGAGGAGGGCAGCCGGAUGGAGGAGGUUGACUAAGAUCUCAUAUGUCUUUUUGGUAAUCGUUAGGUGCUAAUUUUUUGCUAUGCGUGGUCUCUCGUGCGGAGCUUUCCUCUUUGUCUUCGAUUGUCAGGGAUUGCCUUGUGUACGUGAGAGAGCCCACUUGAGCGUAGAGUUCAGAUGGGGACGGGGACGGUAGGCUAGGGUUUUAUUCUUGCAUGCGGCCGAAUAAUUCUCCUCUGGUAUUCAUGCAGCAGCUGAGUGUUCACGGGCUUGCUUUCGCUUGGCUGGCGUAUUCUGCCGUUGAAGUGGAGAGGGUCCAUUCUGAAUCCCGUAGGUGACUCUUGUGUUGGUGACGGUGGUGGCGUGAGUUCGGGCGGCGGGGGUUGCAAUGACUUGCAUUAUUUAGUGGCCUUGUUCUCGCUACCUUUUUGCGCUUGUUGUCCUGCCUCAUCUGAAUUAUAGGUAUGGCGAAGUAGCGAGGUAGUUGAGGACGGUCAGUGACUGUGAUAUAGUGUGGUGGGUGCGGUAGUGUCUUUUGAGACGGCUUCGUAAGGCGGCGGUUUUAAGCUGCGUGCGAGUAAUGUUUACAGUGUGUCGGCUCUGUCGGUUACCUCAUGGUUCGCUGGUCGAUGUUAGUGACAUUUUGAGUGUAAAAUGAUCUCAGCGUGCUUGAUGUUGUGGCGGUUUUGUUUCGGGGGGAAUUUGGUUGAGGACUAAACGGGUCAAUUAAUGUUUCAACGACUUGAUGCUACGGCGAUUUUGUUGUGGAGCGAACUGGGUUGGUUGGGGGGUUUACUGAUGAAAUUACUGCUUGAAUGAUUUGGAUGUGAACGAGUUGCGGCUAUCAAUUAAAUU